AUGUCAAAUGGAGAUCAGAUUUUUCUUAACAUGAAAUCUUGUAUAUUUUUGGUAUUAUUAUUAGGUUUUAUACAAUUAGAAUUUUGCUGUGAAAUUACAAAUGAUUCCGACGGCUCGUGCCCUGUCAAUUGGUUUCGCCGAAAAAGAGCUAAUAUGGAGUACACACGUUGGCGAUCUAAUGUGGAGACGACGCCGGAAUUUAUAGUAAAAGUUUUGGACGAUGAGGUGACGACGCCAAAUACGAAUCAGAUAGUGGCGGUGAACAUCCAGCCUCUGACGAAGCGAGGGGAGAAGAUAAUAGUGGGUGGUGCGAUGGUGCCCCCGCCCACGAGCUCGUCGAGUGACCAGCCGCGGGAGUACACGAGGUUCGUGCCGCCCACCACCGGACCCGGCGCGCCGGUGGACGGUGAUUACCCGCAGCCGACACCCUCGCCACAGACGAGUGCUGAUCCCAACCCGCCUAUACGCCCCGAUUCAUUGUCAAGAAAAGAACAACCGUUUUUUCCACCAAGUCAAGGGCGAAAUGCUUUCCGAGAUGAAAGCCCUCCCGUAAGCCCGCAGUUCAUAGCGCGAGUGCCGGCACCGGCGGCUGCUCGCCAGUACGCGCCCAUAGCACCGGUCGCAUUCAGUCGCCGAACUACCAUCACUCCUCUGACGCCUCCUACGUAUGACCAUUAUAACACAUACAUGUAUCCUACUCGAUCAUCAACUACAGAGUCGCCGCCACCAAGAACCAUACCUGACGACUUUCCGUUCUUUCAAGCUUUCCUAGACUCUGACGAAAGUACCGAGAGCGAUGUUCAUUUGACUCGAACAACAUUGAAAGAAGGCCCAGCGCGAACCACCACACGCUAUCCAGACACCACGUUCGUUGAGGAAGAUUUAGAAAAUUAUCAUACAACCGUACAGGCGGGCCUUGACAUUUCUGCCACGUUCAGGAACUACGAUGAUCUUAGAUCAAGAGAACUAGAAACAGAACAUCCAAGCGAAGGGACAAGUAGUGUCCAAAUUAUUGAUAAAGACGCAGACACAAAUUAUAAUAAUAUGUUUAUUUACAAUGAUGAAUAUAAGGAUAUUAAUAAUAAAAAAGUAAUGGACUACACUGUGCACGAAGAUGAGAAAACUAAACCGUCAGAAGACAAUGAACUUGUACUUGGAACUGAACCCACAAGCGUGAAGAAGUUGUCGUUUGCCGAUGGCUUUGAAAUUGAAAAUAAAACUGCAGAGCCGCAAGCUUAUCCAGACGAGUUUGAGACCGUACCUGAAUCAGCCCGCAAAGAUCUCGUAAUGUCAGCUUUCCAAGGUGCUUUAAGUAAGUCGUCCGAUGAAAAAUCCAGAGAUAAAAGACGUCCAUAUUGUAACAUGAUAAAACUACGGCAGCUAAAUUUUAACUCACCGCGGACGUUACCUGAGAUAGUGGCGCAGUUAAAGCAAUGGUCAGAAGACAGUCCGGUGGCAAGAUGGGUAGAUAUCACAGGAGGGAAUCUGACCACAAUGGAAAACCCAAUUCAUUUGAUGAUGGUAGACGACCCAAGUGCUGGACAAGUAGCUUCGGAGAAACAAACCGUGUUGGUCAUUGCGGGAAUCCAGGGACGUGAUCACUACGCCGUAGCAGCAGCAAUGUACAUCCUCUAUCAACUAAUAGAACGGAGCGAGACACACACUGACUUGCUUGGCAAAUUCCGCUUCUGGGUGAUCCCUGUGUUCAACCCCGACGGAUAUGACUACUCUAUGACUUUCCCACAAAGACGAGAAUGGAUGAAGAAUUUGCGCCAGACAUGGGACAUCUGCAAGGACCGCGAGUCAUGUCGCUAUUGUGACACGUAUGGUUUGCGCUGCACGAUAUCACCGUGCUAUGGCGUCAAUCUAGACCGAAAUUUUGAAUAUCAGUGGAUACCUCCGGAGGAGCUCCGCGCCGAGCAUCCGUGUGGCAACCUGUACGCGGGCACCCGCCAGCUGAGCGAGGCGGAGACACAAGCGCUGACCAACUUCCUACACAAGCAAGGCACCACUAUCGCCGUCUUCAUCGCCUUCAAGGAGGGCGACGUUCUUGGAGUAAUGUACCCUCAUUCGCAUACAAGAAAAAAACGAGCGUUCGACCAAAUAUACCGACAAAGGGCAAGUCGCGCCGCAGCAUCAGCGUAUAGCAUCGCCGGCCGACCGUACGUCGCCGGACAAACGUCAGAGUUCCUACCUCUGUAUGCCGGCGGAAUAGAAGACUGGGCAGACGGUCACCUUGGUAUAGACAACACGUAUACCAUCAUGAUGUACCGGCCCACAGAUUCUCAACAUACCAAAGUCCUCACAGAGAGAGUCGUGCACGAGGCUUAUGCAGCCAUGGAUUCGUUGCUGCUGUCUACAAUAACGAACACGAUGCGACCACCGAUCAUCACCCUCGCAAGAGCAAAAGCUCUCAGUUUGCGUCCCUCAACACUCACAAUUUUACUCGCGAGCAUAGCAGGCUAUCUUCACAGCUAAUACACUUUAACCAAUAGCACCGUUACCCCAUACUGGGUUAAUAAUUAUCAGUAUACAAUAUGUACGCGAGUUUGUCUCUCAUGGAUACCGGAGUACAGAUUAAGUAAUAGUUACUACGGAUAUCAUAAUUUCAAGCGUACGCCUUUUUUGACAAAUGUAUUUUCCACUGUCCGUGCAGAAUGGAGGAUUUUUGUAGAAAGGAAUUUGUUAUCACGUGUACAAUGUUGAUAUGUAGCGUAUUUAUAUGUGUAAUAUG